AUGUACAAGGUCAAAAAUAUGGAUUUUUCCCACUUUGUAGGCCAGUUGGCAGAUACUGCAUUGUUUGUCCUUCAUGAGCAAGUUGUUAAGAGAUUUUACAUUAAACUGUCUCUCUGCGGGCCCAUGCUAUCACUAUUCAUGAGAGGAGGCAACAUUACCACUUUACCAUUUGACAGUAAUAGAUACCCUGAGCUAUUUAUCAGGACCAUGAUAUUCCUUUGUUACUCGCAGACUAGAUGGCUAGGCUACAACCAUGCUAUGGAUUACAGCAAUGAGGGUGUGCCAGUUUUGCGUGUUGAGCAAGGUGCAGCUACUCUACUCUGUAAAGUUGUUGCAAUCCUCUUCAAGCCAACAAGCCUGCUGGGAAGAGCCAUAAGGGUUAUGGUGGUGGAGGUCUCUGGUGAUGGGCCUUGUGCACCUGAAGAUCCUGAUCACGUCAUUAUCAAAGAUUGCUGGCUUACCACUGGUACUCCUUCUGACAGUGACAUUCACAAUAAGCUAGAGGAUUUGACAAGAGAUCCAUUCUUUGCAGAUUAUAAUGAAAGCUCCUCACCUAUCUUCCGUCAUCCUAACAAUAAUCAACCUCACCCUUUUCUAUCUUUUGACAACAUCAUCAGAUCUGGAAAUCCAGAAGUGGAUGCCUUAUAUGAUAGGGCAAAUACUGGUUGGGAUGACACACAUUUUUUACUCAGCAAUUCCAAUCAGAGACCAUCGCCUUUCACCAUCAUCAACCUUUAUGCCAUCUAUUGCACAUCCUGGGACACUUAUUCAGGACACAACCAAGGCUUUCAGCAUGGUUACUUGAGAUGUGAUCUUAUUCAUUGUGACAUUAGUGAUGGCAAUUCAUGGCUUCAAGUCAAGGCUUCCUUGCUCCAUUUUGUUGUCCCAGAUUGGCCUGUCAACAUCAGUAAUGACAUGGAGUCCGUUUUCUGGAUGCUAUGGUUGAUCAUGGUCAACUGCAAAGGCCCCUACUCAAGAAGCUGCAAGUGGUAUAACAAAGGGAAGCUACAAAGUUUGACAAUUCCAGGAGAACUUGAUAGGGGCAAUGAUUUGGAGACAAGGGAAGUACCUGAUAUAUUACCUGAUGAACUUAGACCUAUAGAUGAAGACCCAGAAGACAUGGUGGACGACUACUAUGAUUGUCUCUAUGACCUUAUUCCCACAGAAUCUGAGGAGAAUAUGGCUGGACCCUCAAAGCUUUCUGAUGAAGAUGAUGAGGAGCAUAUCGAGGUACCCCACCCCAUUGCAGGGAAGAUGAUUAGGAUGGAUAAAACUGUAUAUGAAAAAUGGAGGAGAGAAUUUGGAGCUGAGGAUAUUAAUGGUGAUAUGGAUAUGGAUUCAAAUAUUUCAGAUGGAUCAGGGAACAUUUUUGCACUCUUGUGA